ACGUACAGAGAAGACAACGGCACACCACCGGGCGAGUGGACGUUCUACAUGAAGACAUGGGUAGUGGUCAGUAUUGUGCAGACGAUAUACGCCCUCACAUACGACUUCAAGAUGGACUGGGGCUUGUUCAAGGCCAAUGACCGGUCCAAUCUGCUGCUGAGGGACACCAUUUUCUACAACAAGUCGUUGGCCUCUCCCAUUCACGUGUGGACCGUUGCACCCCUUUCCGCCUGUCCUCUCCCACUCACGUGUGGACCGUUGCACCCCUUUCCGCGUGUGCAGGUGUACUAUGUGGCGGUGGUGUUCGAUGUCAUUGGGCGCUGUUUCUGGACACUAAAGAUCUUACCCGUCGCAACCACAACUGUGCUGCACACGUCGUCUGUCUGGUUCACGUUUGGGGUGGCAACAGUUGAGAUAUUAAGGUAUUGCGCACUAAUUAGGAAUUAG